ACCGUUUAAGGGGAAGAAAAUACCAGCAGGACACUGACGCAAAGAUGGCAGACGUGCCAGAAAACGCACCAGAGCACUGCCCAGGUACCUCAAGUGACCAAGCAGGAAAGUCUGCACCGUGUCAGGGCUGCCCCAACCAGCAGCUGUGUGCCUCUGGAGCUACCAAGGCCCCUGACCCAGCUAUUGCAGAAAUAGGGGAAAAACUGUCAGUGGUCAAACACAAGAUCCUGGUGUUGUCGGGAAAAGGAGGAGUUGGGAAGAGCACCUUCAGCGCUCACCUGGCCCACGCCCUGGCAAGUGACAGCUCCAAGGAGGUUGCACUGCUGGAUGUGGAUAUCUGUGGUCCAUCCAUUCCCAGGAUCAUGGGUCUAGAGGGAGAACAAGUUCAUCAGAGUGGUUCUGGUUGGUCUCCUGUGUAUGUGGAAGACAACCUGGCGGUAAUGUCCAUCGGCUUUCUUCUCAGCAGUCCCGAUGAUGCGGUGAUCUGGAGAGGACCCAAAAAAAAUGGAAUGAUCAAGCAGUUUUUACGGGAUGUUGACUGGGGAGAACUGGAUUACCUCAUCAUAGAUACUCCACCUGGCACCUCUGAUGAGCACUUGUCAAUAGUGCAGUACCUCAGCUCCACCGAUGUGGAUGGAGCGGUCAUCAUCACCACACCACAGGAGGUGUCGUUGCAGGAUGUGCGAAAGGAAAUCAGAUUCUGUCAGAAGGUUAAGCUGCCCAUCAUCGGAGUGGUGGAGAACAUGAGCGGCUUUGUGUGUCCCAAAUGCAAGAACACAUCACAGAUAUUUCCUCCCACCAGCGGCGGAGCCGAGAAAAUGUGUGCAGACCUAAGUCUGCCUCUGUUAGGCAAGGUGCCCCUUGACCCAAGGAUAGGACGAAGCUGCGAUGAGGGCAACUCUUUCCUCAAAGAUUUCCCUGACUCUCCAGCAGCUUUGGUCUACCACAGGAUUGUGCAAUGUAUCCAGGAUUACUGCUCCAACAGAGCGACUGAUGUGCAGAAUGCAACCUGACCCCCCCUCAUGCUGGACCCCCAAAACAGAUGGAGAUCACAAGAGCGUGGUUGAAACCUGGAGAACAAACACACAUAAGAAAGCUCCUGACACCAACAUUAGACCACUGAUUGUUUCAGAGCUAUUCUCAACAACAAGCUUUUUUUAUUGUCAGAAACUUUGAUGGGUGUUUAUUAAAUUUAUCCGACCUCACUGUGCUCUACUUCCUCUACCCAACCCAGAUAUGUCACGCUGAAGCGCUGAAUGUAACACAUCUGACCAACAAAGAUGAAUAAAUACUAACUGAAUGCA